CUCUCAAUAUUCACCAUUCUAUAAAACACAACGUGAGCUCUCAUUCUGUCUCAUAGUAUUUUUUUUGUUCAUUCAUAAAACGUCUUACACGACGAUCACUUCGCAAAGAAGAAAAAAGUUUUUUAUUCCGACAUUUUCCAAUCGACGUAUAAAGUGAGUGAAAAUAUUUCCAUUACCCUCAGUGCUUGGAGAAGUGUUGACGAGUAAUUUUUUUAUAAAAAUAAUUCGGAAUAAGUAAUUGAAAUAAGAGUUGAAGCUUUAAAACUAUAAAACAAAGAAACAGGGAAAAAAUGUCUAGAUUAAUAAAAAUUUUCAUCAUGACGGCGAUAGCUUUAAUGUGCUUGAGCAUAUUUAUUGUGCAAACCGAAGCGAUUCCUUUGGAAAUAUCCUCAGAAACAGAAGGUGCCCUUGAAGUGACAGAAUCAACCACAAAGUUCUCACAAUGUUCGCUGAAUAAUCCUUGCGGUUGGGCUGUUUACGGCAAUAGUAAAACGAAGAAAACUCAGUAUUACAUAAGAAAUACAUGUCUCUGCAAAAAGGAACACUCUUGCUUACGUACCAACGAAGACCUCAGUCUUUCUGCUUAUGUUUAUCGGUGUAAAGUGAAAAAUCCCAUCCCCGAUGCUUGACAAAAAUCUUCUUAAAGCUUUUUGAUCACCGAUAGUAUAAAAUGAAUUUUUUUCGUAAAUAAUCUUAACAAAUUCCUUAAAUUUAAAUUUUAAUUUAUUUUCGACUAAUUAUAGCUUUAAGUGGUGUUUAAUGUCAUUAGUGUCAAGUAUUUCUCAAGGAACUGUUAAAAUCAAUUGUAAAUAAUAAAAAAAGAAGAAGACAGGCCGAAGAGAACUUUUCAUGUUUUCUUUCCUUUAA